GUUCGUGUAACAUGGGUGUCAAUAAGAAAAAUAUUUUAGUUUUUCACGUUAUAGCAAUUAUUAAUUUAUGUGAAAACUCUCAAGCGUUUCACGAUUAUAUAGUAAAAACAAAUAGUGGACUCGUCAAGGGAAAAUUAAAUGAAUUUAAAGGCUUUCAUUACUAUUCAUUUGAAGGGAUACCGUAUGCUGAAAAUACUGCCGGCGAAAAUAGAUUUAAGCCGCCUGUGCCCAAAAAACCGUGGUUUCACAUACUUGAUGCAACACGAAAUGGACCUGUUUGUCCACAAAUGGAAAUAAAGUUUAAAAGAAAUCAGAUGAACGAGGAUUGUCUGAGUCUAAAUAUAUAUGUACCAGCAAAAUUAAUAACAAAGCCACUAGCAAUAUUUGUAUAUAUUCAUGGUGGUAGCUACUUCUUGUCUUCAGGAAAUACAGAUUCGACGUACGGUCCUCAGUACUUACUGCAGAAAGAUAUUAUUUUUGUGACAAUGAAUUAUAGAUUGCAUGCACUCGGAUUUUUAUCACUGAAUACUAAGGACGCUUGCGGUAAUUCUGGGAUUAAAGAUGUAAUCCUCUCUUUAAAAUGGAUAAAACAAAAUUUAAAAUAUUUUGGAGGCGAUACAAGUAGAAUAACAGUCGGUGGCCAAAGUUCGGGAGCUACAUUGGCAAAUCUGUUGAUGUUGUCAACUAAUACUAAUGGACUUUUUCAACAGGCAGUUUUGUUAUGCGGUGCUGCUUUUAGUCCUAGAGGUAUUAUAAGGCAUCCCGAGAAUGAAGCGUUCGUCCUGGGUAAUACGUUAGGUGUUAAAAGCAAUGAUUCUACUAACUUAAUAAAUCGUUUAAGGCAGAUGAACGCAUUUGAAAUUACUGAUGCAUUCGAACAAAUGUAUAAAACCAAUGUUAACAUCUUAGCCCCGUAUUCAGCUUUUAUUCCUAGUAUAGACAGAAAGUGUGCCCAACCAAGUGUAGAAGAUGUACCAGCUAAAAUACUCCAAAACAGAAUACCGAAAGUGCCAAUAUUGAUUGGCCAUAAUUCAAACGAAGGCGCUUACAUGUUGAAAACAAUUUUUAAUCAUCUUAAGGAAUUAGAAAAGCUAAAAAACGAUUUAGAAAUGCUUAUACCAACAGAUAUACAGUACCCACCAGGUUCCAAGGAGGCAAAAGAAUUAGCAGAAGCAAUAACUUACUUUUACUUCGGAAAAAAGAAAAUUGCGGGUGAUGAGUUUUGUUUGAUGUGUUUAAUUGAUUAUGUGACUGAUAUUUGGUAUGGUGUGUAUAGCAAUGAUGCUUGGAUAAUGAAAUAUAAAAAACAGAGUAAUAGUAAGGAUGUUUAUUUUUACGAAUUUGAUUUUGAUGGUAUGCUGAAUUGGGCCAAAAUCACAUAUGGAUUGAAUUCAACGGGAGCUAUCCAUGCUGAUGAAUUAGGAUACCUUUUUCGCACCACAGUGACGUCAUUUCUUGAUUAUGUCGACAGUAGAAGCAAGAAAAUGCUGGUCACAAUGACUGAUUUUCUAACUAACUUUGUUAAAUAUGGAAAUCCAACGCCUCCACAUAUGAAUAAUGACAUAGUAUGGUCCGAAUAUGGCAAAGAAGGAAACUUUUUACACAUAAACGAUAAUUUAAGAGUUAUGCGACGUGGGACGACUGUUAGAAUGGCCAAAGUCAACUUUUGGGACAAAGUGUAUGAAGACUAUUUAAGUUACGUGAAACGCGGUGGAAAAAUAACACAAAAAACUGUGUAAUAUAAUCUACCAUAACUAACUAUUCAUUAGAAUUUUUAUUUAUAUAAAUUAGAAUUCUUUUAACCCACAUCAAAAAACA